CCCCACCCCCCGCGACGCAGUCACAUGACGAGGGCGCAGAUCGGACCCGAGCGGCCAGGCCUCAGCGACCAUGGGAUCUGCCCAGGAAGAACAAGAGAAGCUGCUGGAUGAAGCCCUGCAGGUGGUGAAGGUGCAGUCCUUCCAGAUGAAACGGUGCCUGGACAAGAACAAGCUUAUGGAUGGACUGAAACAUGCAUCUAACAUGCUGGGGGAGCUCCGUACAUCUAUGCUGUCUCCAAAGUGCUACUAUGAGCUGUAUAUGGCUGUGACAGAUGAGCUUCAUCACCUGGAGGUGUUCCUUAUUGACGAGUUCACGAAGGGUCGGAAAGUCGCUGAUCUCUACGAACUGGUGCAAUAUGCCGGAAACAUCAUCCCCCGUCUGUACUUGCUGGUGACUGUUGGGGUGGUCUACAUCAAGACAUUUGCACAGUCUCGCAAAGAUAUAUUAAAGGACCUGGUGGAGAUGUGCAGGGGAGUUCAACAUCCCCUGCGCGGGCUCUUUUUGAGAAACUACCUGCUGCAGUGUACACGCAACGUGCUGCCGGAUGAGGGAGAGGUUACCGAUGACAAGGCGACGGGUGAGAUCGGAGACUCGCUGGACUUCGUGCUGCUCAACUUUGCGGAGAUGAACAAGCUGUGGGUGCGAAUGCAGCACCAGGGGCACAGCCGUGAGAAGGAGAAGCGCGAGCGCGAGCGGCAGGAGUUGCGCAUCCUUGUCGGUACCAACCUGGUGCGGCUCAGCCAGCUGGAGGGCGUCAAUGUGGACAGGUUCAAGCAGGUGGUGCUGCCCGGAAUUCUGGAGCAAGUAGUGAAUUGUAGAGACGCCAUCGCACAGGAGUACCUGAUGGAAUGCAUCAUACAGGUGUUCCCUGAUGAGUUCCACCUCCAGACCUUGAAUCUCUUCCUCCGAGCAUGUGCCGAGCUUCACCAGAAUGUCAAUGUCAAGAACAUUAUUAUCGCCCUGAUUGACAGACUCGCUCUUUUUGCACACCGUGAGGAUGGGCCUGGCAUUCCACAAGAAGUGAAGUUGUUUGACAUCUUCUCGCAGCAGGUCGCAACUGUCAUUCAGUCCAGGCAAGAUAUGCCCACUGAGGAUGUGGUGUCACUACAAGUGUCUCUGAUCAACCUGGCGAUGAAGUGCUACCCAGACCGAGUGGAUUAUGUGGACAAGGUCCUGCAGACUACAGCUGACAUUUUUGGCAAGCUCAACCUGGAGCAUGUGGCCACUAGCAGUGCCGUGUCUAAGGAGCUGACGCGUCUACUAAAGAUCCCGGUGGACUCGUACAACAACGUGCUCACCAUCCUGCAGCUGAAGCACUUCCGCCCACUGUUCGAGUACUUUGACUACCAGUCGCGCAAGAACAUGAGCUGCUAUGUGCUGGGCAAUGCCCUUGAGCAUGACACCAAUGUCCCCAUGCAGGAUCAGGUGGACUCGCUGCUGACCCUCGUCUCAUCGCUGGUGCAAGACCAGCCAGACCAGCCAACUGAGGAGCCGGACCCCGAGGACUUUGCCGAGGAGCAGGGCCUGGUGGGGCGCUUCAUCCACCUGCUCAAGGCUGAGAGCCCUGACCAGCAGUACCUGAUUCUAAACACGGCGAGAAAACACUUUGGAGCCGGAGGAAACCAAAGAAUACGGCAUACUCUGCCACCCCUGGUUUUUGCUGCUUACAGACUGGCCUUCUGGUACAAGGAAUGUGCUCAGAUGGAUGACAAGUGGGAAAAGAAAUGCCAGAAGAUCUUCACAUUCUGUCACCAAACCAUCGGUGCACUGAUCAAGGCAGAGCUUGCGGAGCUUCCUUUGCGCCUUUACCUCCAGGGGGCUCUUGCAGCCGGAGAGAUUGCUUUCGAGAACCACGAGACGGUCGCUUACGAGUUCAUGUCACAGGCGUUCUCGUUGUACGAAGAUGAGAUCAGCGACUCGAAAGCGCAGCUGGCAGCAAUCACGCUCAUCCUGGGCACUCUCGAGCGCUGCCACUGCUUCUCAGAGGAGAACCACGAGCCUCUGCGCACGCAGUGCGCCCUCGCGGCCUCCAAGCUGCUCAAGAAGCCCGACCAGUGCCGUGCAGUCACCGUGUGCUCUCACCUCUUCUGGUCUGGCCGCACCACUGAGUCAGGGGGCAAUGAGCUCCGUGAUGGGAAACGGGUCAUGGAGUGCCUGAAGAAAGCUGUGAAGAUCGCCAACCAGUGCAUGGACACCUCCUUGCAGGUCCAGCUCUUCACAGAGAUCCUCAACAGAUACAUAUUCUUCUAUGAGAAGGGAAAUGAAGCUGUUAGCAUCCAGGUGCUGAACCAACUCAUCCAAAAGAUCCGGGAAGAGCUUCCCAACCUGGAGUCCAACGAGGAGACGGAACACCUGAGCAAGCACUUUCAGAACACGCUGGAGCACCUGCGGCUGCGACAGGAGUCUCCUGAAUCUGACGGGCCCUCCUACGACGGCCUUGUCCUGUAACCCCCCCCUCCAGCGCCGCUUCUUGUGCCCGAACACCCACACAUUCUGUCCAUUGCUCCUCUUGCAUCUUUCUCAGUCCAGCACUGACCCUGUGCGUCCUCAAUGUGCUAUUGGGCUCUUGUGCAGGCAAGCACUCUUUUAAUGAUGCUGAUGCUGCAUGCACUCGUUCACACGUGGCAGUGGCCUGUGUUAUUUGGGUGAAUUGACACGUGGUGAAUGACUUGACUGUACCUUAUUAUUAUUUGGCUCACUUUGCCUUGUUCUGUGAUGUUGGCCUUGUCAUUUAUUUGCCCAUCCCAGUAUUGAUGGUUGUUUCGUGAUAAUCUCUCACAGAUUACAAACUAUUAUUUCAUAACAUCUUUUGCACUUUUUGUUUCUCAACUUGCAUGCCGAAAUUAUUUACCUGGCAGAGAAAGAUGCAUUAGGAAUGUGCCUUAUUCAAAUUUACAUUACAAGUAUGACAUUCUUAACAUCACUUGAGUCCUUUAUUUUGUCUGGGCCUGUUUAAUAUUUUCCCCUUAGACAAUGCAUGUUAGAUGUAGAAUCUACAUGAAUCUGUAAUCUGGGCACAAACUUUAUUUAGCAAAUAUUGUUGAUCCAUAAUUGAAUAGCUACUACCAGCCACCCAUAUCCUGUUUAAUAUUGUUGCAGAUAUAUGUUUAGUUGCUUAACCUCUGCACAUUUCUGUAGGAAGUAAUUGCAAAACGUUGUAAAGGACUUGUUUACUGAAAUCAGUGGAUGUUCAUGCUUUAUUGCCAUGUUUAAAAUAAAAUAGGAAAAACAAGUCAGUUUCUAUGUGAUUUUCCAUGCUUUUUAUUAUAAAAAAAAUUGGACACAGUAUUUACUGUCCACAAUAUAUGUCACAAGCUCAAAAAACAGCAUUAGCAGAUUAAUGUUCUGGAUAUAUUGCUUCUCAACCAAUAUUAAUUGGUGAUGGAUAUAUUGCUUCUGAAGAGUUGUAGCUUUUCAGACUGUAAAUUAUUACAUUCUCUUAUGUUGAGUGUUAACCGUGGAUACCGGGGCCAUUUGUGAUAAGGGUUGACAUUUUCUGUCCUACCAGAGUUGACUUUCCAACUGCUUUGCAUUGAAAACUGUCAUAUGUCUGUGUUGUGCUUGAGUUGAUGGCUGCAUCUAGGAUCAUUGGCAUGUUGGAUGAGAGUUCACUUGUUGAAAGGUUGUUAUACGAGUGUUUUGAAACAGGUGUGGGAUCUAAUCGUUGGACAUGGGCUACUACUUUGGAAGGGAGUAGUUUUUUUGUUUUACUUACAAAUUAUGCUAAUAUGUUAUAGCCAAUUCAAAUAUGUACUCAGUGUUGGUAUGCACCCAAUGUUUUUUUCUUGUGCAAAUUUUUAUUUUGUAACUAAUCCCAUCGGUAAAUUGUGUACAGAGGAAUUCUAUAUUUCUCUUGCAACAAGUUGUGAUCGUGAUUUAAUGAAGUUUUCUUGGGCAUCAUGUUUGUUUGUCUUGUCAUAUAUCUACAAAUGUUUUAGUAUCUUUGAAAAAAUGUGUAACUUAGAUACCUUUAAAACUUCCAACACUUGUGCAGUUUAAUUAUCACUGUUAGUGUAACAAUAUGAACACAACUCUUUCCAGUGUCAUUUCCGUUUAUGUGGAGAGGUUAAAAGCAUGGAUGAGAAAUUUCGAGAGUAAAAUCACGUUCCAAGCAUUAAACUAAUUUUCAGGUUGCAGUUUUGUUUCUGUUGCAGCUAAGCUGAUGGAAGGAAUUCAUGAUUUGUAAAAAUGGAGCGCUUCGAAGUGAGGUGCACUGCUUUGGCGUACCACUGGUACUCGUUUCGCGUUAGGAAAAGAGUAAUCGACAUUUUGUUAGUCGAUGCAUACGUUUACGCAUAGGGCUGUACGGUAGGGGCAUGUAGCCAUGUCAUGCGAGUGUCGAUUUUAACGGUGAAAAAUAUUCGGUCGGAACAAUGGUAAAUAUCUUGAAAUGGACCAGAAUCCAGUUUAUCAGUCGUCAAACGUAUUAUUCUAUACCAGCAGAAAGCGUUGUAACAGAAUGUUGGUGAGAGACGUCAGCGUGCCACUUCUUCCACUUAACAAAAACCUACAUGGCGCUUAUGACCUCACCAACCCUUAAUUUUCCUGAUUACGUCUCCCCUCUGAAGCCAAACAAGUAAAAUCCAGGUAAGUACUUUUAGGAGUAACAACACCCCACAUGUUGAUGAAUACUCGCAAGGCAUUGGCUGCCCGCUGUCCUAAGUACACAAAACCUCGGGGUUUUGUUCUUCUAUUGAGUCAUGUAUUGGUUUAUACAGUAGUUAGUUAUUGCCUGUGCACGCUUGCAUGCACAAGUUAGUCUCCCCUAGGACUGAAGAUGAUCGGGGAAGGGUUGGAUUGUAUGUCUUAAAGUUGAGAUGCAGCAAGACGGGCAUGCGGUGUGUUACAUUGACAUAGGCAGCUGUUUGCUUGUGUAAUUGCAGUACUAAAUUACAACGUGGAUGUUACUUUAAUCGGACAGUCAUGGAAAUUAUAAGUUCCCGAACACACUUUGCUGAUGAAAAUGUUAAUUCCCAUUUGAAUUCACUUAAAUGCAUUCACUUUAGUGUAGUGCAAAUGUAUAGACCUUGAUUUAUUUUGCAUGUUAACAUUGUUAACAGUACCAUGCAAAUAUUCAAUAAAGUGUAAUGGAUUACG